GCCUUUAAUCACGCAUUUCUUAAAUGAAUAUACAGUAUUAACUGCUUUUUUUCCAUAGAUGACCAAAAAUACCAUGUGAGUGUAUUCUACUCAAAAUGACAUCAUUAUUUGUAAACCAACCUGUUCACAUUCAUGAGUGUGAUGUGUCUUGUUUUAUGUGUGCCAUUGCCCACUUUGAACUAAGUAGUAAAUUGUACACAACCCAUGCUGGCAGACGGGAAUAACCGCAAACACAUAAUCAGGGUGCCCUUCACAAGCACAGCAAAGACAGUUGAAGGCAAAACAUGUGAUGAUAUACACAAAACAUCCUUUACCCUCCUCUGUGUGCAAGUGUCUGUGGCCAAGCCCCAAACAUGAGUCUUUCAGACUGACAGCACUUGUCACACAUGUCCCGAGCUUGUGUCGUGGCAGGGAUUUGUCCUUUCUCGGACUAGGGCUUCAACUUUGCGACAAAGAUGGGUUACAGGACUGUGGUGAUGUACAUGGAGAUUGGUUGCUUUGUGGUCUGUGUAGCUGGAUGGAUCCUGGUCUGUUCCACAAUGCCAACAGAGAUUUGGACUUGGUCUGAAGUGGACAGCAUAGUCCUGACCACUUCAAACUACUUCUCCAACUUGUGGAAGGAUUGUAUCUCUGAUUCAACAGGAGUAUCCGACUGUAAGGGGAUUCCAUCAAUGCUUGCACUGAACUGGGACAUUCACAUGUGCCGAGCUCUCAUCAUCAUCUCUAUCAUUUUGUCCUUCUUUGGAUCAGUGCUGGUCUUAGUGGGAAUGAAGUGCACUAAGAUUGGGGGAACUGAGAUUGCUAAUGCAAGAGUAACCUUCGCUGGGGGGAUGAAUUACCUUAUUGGAGGGAUGUGUUCUAUGGUUGCUUUCUCCUACUAUGGAAACAAGAUCAGAGCAGAAUUUCAAGAUCCUAACUACAGAGCCCAGAAGUUUGAAAUAGGCGUUGGUGUCUUUAUUGGCUGGGGAGGCUCCACCUUACUUGUUGUUGGAGGCCUUAUUUACAGUAUCUUUGCAGGGAGGGAAGGAUGUCGUUCAAGCCCUAAGCGCUACCCCGGCUACCAGUACGCUGAUGCCUACAUGGGUGCCCCAACAAAAAAGGAACCCGUGUAUCUGGCUCGCACCGAGGUGAGUGAGAGUCGAAAAUCUAGAACAUCCAGUGGCAGCAGAGGCAGCAGCGUCUCUGGGCUGACCAGCAUCACCAAGACGACGGAUAGCAGCGGAUCCGGGGUCACCAGUAUUACCAAGACAACAGCUAGCAAUGCAUAUGUGUGACUUGUCUCCUGGAACUUGAUCAUUGGCUAUGUUUUUCACAACAGUGGGUGGCAUUAAGUCUUUUCGUGAGCUUUAAAAGUAGCCUUUGUAACAGGAAAGCACAAGUCUUGCUAGGAUUGAUGAUAGUUCGGCCCUGAAGCUGCUUGUAUGAAAAUAUUCAAUUUUGAAAACUGUGCCCCCUGGUGAUGGCACACAGAAUUACACAUACAGUUUUUAGACGCUGCUCUAACAGGGAUUGUUGUAAUCACCUAAAACUUGAUAAGUGAGACCCCAGACCCGUUCUGAACAUGUCUGUAAAAGAUUACCUCCCACAAGAAGUAGAAGCCCGAAACAGGAAGUAAAGUCUAAGGAGGGCACACGGAGACUCGCAAGCCCUCAAGCUCCAACUCAUUCAGAACCGCUUGCAGUACUAGUUUUUCUUUGCACAAUUUCUUUGCACAACACAAAUCAUUAAAACCAAUUCAUUUUUUGGACAAAACAAGACAUUUGAAAACAUCAUUUCCAUGUCUGAGAAACAAUGAUCAACAUUUUAACAUUUUCUGGUCCAAGGAAAUCGAAAUAAAUAAUUGACUGGUGAAUUGAUUAGGAAAAUAAAAUUAAAUAAAAAAUAAAAAUCAGCCCCCUUCUCC